AUGCGUGCUGGACUUUGGAUUGUUGCAGUCGUUGGCUAUGUUAUACAAACAAAAACUAUUUCACACAUAUAUACAGAUUCCACUAACAAACACCUGGACGCACUUUAUUUGGUUUUCUCACACUUUUUGGCAUGGACGUUGGUAGGACCUCUAACACAGCUCUUCUGCCGACUGAAAUAUGGGACCACAGGCAGACACGGAUUGUGGCACCGUGCAUUUUGGGCAGCUCCACCUAGAACACCAGAUUUGGAGCGCAGCAUCUCCGGUUCAUGCUGUUCUAAAUGGCAGCUGAAGCGUUUCUUGCGCAUCGUUGUUCUGGCUUCUUUACUCGGUAUUUCUUUAUACACCUUUUUUGUCGCAUUGGGACUGUCGCCGGCCCUCGAUGUUGCGAUAAUUCAUAAUCUCUCCAUGUUCGAGAUUGUUUCACUGCUUCUCGUGGUUGCAGGCGUGGCUAGCAGGCGUUGUCUACUUCGCAAUUUCGCCCUGAUGUUGGUUAUCUUGCUUGGAAUACUCGUCGUUUCCUACACCAAAGAUACCUGUGACAUGCUUUCCGGGAAAGUUUCCAUAAACCCAAAAACUGGAGAACUGGACGAUCCUUUCCUUUUCGAUAGGUUAAAGGGCGCACUUAUCUGCGGGCUGGGGUCUUUGACAGUGGGCCCAGCUUCUGUGAUGUGGCACAAUUGGACGGCAACAGCACCAAUUGAAUCCGAGGAUUUAACUGCUCCAAACUUGAACGCAAGAGAAACGAGUUACAUUCUUAACUAUGAGAUAAGCUCUGUUGGUGCUGUCGCUUUACUCAUAUUUGGGCCGCUUAUACUGCUUAGCAGCAAAGAAAGCUCCAUUAAUCAAGUUGCAAUUUUCAAAUCUGCAUGGAUCCUUAUCUCCAUAUUCGCCGGCCACAUUCCAAUGAUCUUAGCACUGGUGCAUUUGUCAGAACGGGUUUCGCCACAAUUCACUACCACAUGUUUUGUCGGCUCUAUUGUCUUCGUGGCCUUAGCCGAAUGGAUCGCCGAGAGCGGUCAAACAAUCAUAACAAGAUGGGAGGUAAUCGGCUACCUUACCCUCAGUAUUGCGGGUCUGAUUUUAGCCUACCAAUACUGGUCUUCUUCGUUCAAGAAAUAA